UUCGGUCGCCGCUGCGCUUGCUGUUUCUCAGUGCGGACUCGGCCGGCGCCUCAGCCAAAGCCUCUCUCUCCGGCCCGCUUUCUCUGCGGUGUCUUUACCUUGAAGAACAUAACCCUGUCCUGUUGUCAGCCAUGACAUCUGAGGCGCGAAUGGUUCUUUAUGGAGAUGAUACGGUGCAGGUGCAGUACGCGAAUGGCUCCAGACUGCAGCUCUCUCCCUGUGGCUCUGAAUUUUUAUUUGAAAAGUCACCUCCUAUUUCAGAAUAUCCUUUAAAACAACCAGAAAGAAUUCGCCAGAGGACACACUUUGGUAUCAGCAAUUACCGAAGGCAACUUCAGUGUGCUCUAGAUUUUCGAAACUUGUCAGCUACUUACCCGUAUUUAUCUGAAAGCAUCUUAUCUUCUGAAAGAAAAAAGUAUCUCUACGUUGAUAUCUCCGAAGUGAGAUGGCCCAGCCCUGAAGCAUAUGAUAGCAUGAUAAGUGUGGAAAAGGACACCGGCAUUGUGAAGAUAACAUCUUUAGAUGGUCGCGCAUACCUUUCCGUGCCCAAAUCUCAGUAUGAAUUUGCGGUACAUUUUUUGUGUAAAAUUAGCCAGAACGAAAGAAUAUCAUCAGAAAUCAACAGAGAAGCUCCAAAAGAUAAACCAGGUGAAAAAGCCAGCAAAAUGUCAGGAAGUUUACCAGGCCAAAGGCUAAAGAAUAACAAAAGUGAAGCUCUUUGCCAGAUCUCGCAAUCCGGAGAAGCUUUAGAGAAGAUAAGUUGUGCGACUGAAACUAAAGGGACAGCAGAACCACCUGCAUCCAGUGCGGACCACGUGCGUGUGCACGCAUGGGUGACGCAGUGCUGGCCGGUGGCCUUGUGUCCGGAGGAGUGGAAGUACCCUUUGUCCUUAGCACUUCAUUUUCAUAAAAAACUUAAUAAUGUACCUCUCAUUGAUCCAGAUAUCACCACAAGUGGAAUUUUAACUUCUCACAUUUCAGAGGAAAGAAAAGAGGUUUCCAUUCUUCCCAAGGCCCUGAUACUUAGCUGUCCUUUUCCACACCUGCACAGGUGGAAGUUUCGUGAUACUCUUUUACAGGUACGGGCUGAUGAAAAGUAUUCUUACCCUGAACUAGUGAAAAUGGUUUGGCACCGGGGAGUUACGUACAGGCUUAGCCAUGGAAAUGUAAGCUCAAUAGAGAUUUAUCCUGGAGAUGGAUCUGUUUUAAAAUCAGAAGGAACUUAUUUGGGGAACUAUUUUACCUGUUACUCCUAUCGGGAAGGAACAACAGAGAGAGAAGAGAAAACUUAUUCAGUGAAUAAUCUUCCUCCAGAUAGACCAGGAAGUGUGUUCUCUAUACGUACUGUAAUUAGGCGGGCAACCAGAAUCCUUCAGCAUUGUGCCAAGGUGAAGCUGUCUCUAAGCCAUAACUAUCAUAUGUGCUGCUGGAAAAUGCUACCUGAGAUGAAUGGUAACAAUGUACUGCCUUUGCUUGUGAAAGAGUCACUCAUCUCUGGCCUGGGAAGAUUCCUUGCCUACUCAGAUAACAAAGUGCAUGCUGUCUUUGUAGAUGGCACUUCUUUAACCUUGAAUUGGGAUUUCACCUCUCCUGCUGAAAAAAGACAGGUAAAUCGGGGCCUCAGCCUAGGUUGGUGUAAGUUAACUUUUCCUGAUGGAGAAGAUCAGUUAAUUCAAAUUGAACACCCUGGACCAUACAAAAGAUACGUGACAGCAGUAACAUCAUGGUGCCGAGGACUGCCCCAAACAAGUCCAAGAGACAUGGUCACACAUCCUUCAUCUUCUGUUCCUGAAGAGCACUGGUCCGUUGCUUCUGAACUUGAAAAGAUACAGAAGUUUAACUUGCUACUGGAAAAUAGUGGUGUCCUGAACUACACUUCAAGCAAUAAAACUGAACCGUCUUCUGAUUCUUCAGAAAACCUGUUGGAAUCUGUUAACGAAAAGAGAGUAUCAGUGGCAUUGAAAAAAAUUUCUGAAAUCCUUCAGGAUAUUGACUAUCUUCUAUCCAAUUCCAAAAAGUGAAAGAUGGAAUAAUUACAAUAUAUUAUUAAAUUUAGGAGGGUGUUUCAGGUUGCUGGUGUAUAGUUUCUAGUAAGUCCAGAAAUCGUUUUCUAUACAGCGGUUGGGAACUGAAAUUUAGUCUUGAUUGCAUUUUACCUAACAAAUUUUUUCUAUAUUAAUAAAGAACUAUUACAAGAUUGUAGUUGCUUAUUUCAUUUCUUCAGAUAUAUGAAAACAUAAAGUUUUGUUUUUCUGUUAAACAUUUACUGUAUUCAAGGUUUUUUUGUAUGCAUAAUGUAUAUUUUGCUAUUUCCUGCUUAAUUUAAGGUACAUAUUUUCAUUUUUUAACAUAAAGAUUUUAUUGCAGAAUGCGAAAUUGAGAAAUGAGCUUACUGAAAAAUGCUGUCUGUGGCCCGCCAGGAGCUGCGUAUCUAAAAAGACGAGUUCUAAUUCUCUUUUUAUGAAAGAUCAGGCUCUUCACGUUGAAAAGGUCGAGGCAAGAGAAGUCAGAGGAGCGGAGAGAAAGGCUGCAGCGCAGGCUGGCGUCACCGCGGCCUCGGUCCGGCGGCUCCG